UCCAAGCGAGCUAGCAAGCGAGAGACAGCGAGAGCGAGCGGCGCUCCCCAGGGACAGAGACGAAAGAGAGAGAGAGACCCUGAGAGGGCGAGGCGCGGACGCGCAAGACCGGCCGGUCCCGGAGCCGGCGCGGGGUGCAGGUCGCUGCGGGGCCACGUCCCUCACUCGCACCGGCUCAGCGGGAAGCCCACGCGCGCUGUCCCUGCCGGCGAUCGAGGCCUCGGGACGGACGCACUCUGCCGCCUCCUGCUAAGUCGAGUGUCCGAGCUGCUCGGAAACUCAGGCGACGAGUCGGCCACAGGAAGUUUAUUCUCGGGCUCCUUUUCUAAAAAGGAGGAAACAGAAGUUUCUCCAAACGGGCAGCCUUUCUUUUUCUCCUUUUUGGCCGUGUGUGAGAUCUGGGGUCGGGGGGUCCCCCAGAGCUGGCAGGCGACACCCGCUGGGCUCCUAGUCUUUUUGAAUUGCCCAUUUUUCACCCGGCCGUGGGUCCCUGCGGAGCUCGGGCUGCGCGCGUGGGCGGAAGGGCGCGCGUAGGGGAGGGACCGAGGGACGCGCCGACUUUUUAGAGGGAGGGACUCGGUGGACAGCCGGUCCCGCGGCGCUCGCCGAGCAGGAAAGAAGUGCGCGAGGCGGUGGGGGGGGGACACUUUCCGGGUGUCGCCGCCUCCCUGUCUGCCUCGGUUCUGGGGACAGCUCCGGAGCGAAGAGUGAAGCCCGCGGCUGGGCCGCAGCCAGUGCGCGGCCGCAGCGAGGGCGGGGAAGAAAACCACCCUGUUUCCUCUCCGGCCCCCUCUGCGGAUCAUGUACCAGGAUUAUCCCGGGAACUUUGACACCUCGUCCCGGGGCAGCAGUGGCUCUCCUGCGCACGCCGAGUCCUACUCCAGCGGCGGCGGCGGUCAGCAGAAGUUCCGGGUAGAUAUGCCUGGCUCGGGCAGUGCCUUCAUCCCUACCAUCAACGCCAUCACCACCAGCCAGGACCUGCAGUGGAUGGUGCAGCCCACAGUGAUCACCUCCAUGUCCAACCCCUACCCUCGCUCGCACCCUUACAGCCCCUUGCCAGGCCUGGCCUCAGUCCCUGGGCACAUGGCCCUACCAAGACCUGGCGUGAUCAAGACCAUUGGUACCACCGUGGGCCGCAGGAGGAGAGACGAGCAGCUGUCUCCUGAAGAGGAGGAGAAGCGUCGAAUCCGAAGGGAGAGGAACAAGCUGGCUGCAGCCAAGUGCCGGAACCGCCGCCGGGAGCUGACAGAGAAGCUGCAGGCGGAGACGGAGGAGCUGGAGGAAGAGAAGUCUGGUCUGCAGAAAGAGAUUGCUGAGUUACAAAAGGAGAAGGAAAAGCUGGAGUUCAUGCUGGUGGCCCAUGGCCCUGUGUGCAAGAUCAGCCCCGAGGAGCGCCGAUCACCCCCCACCUCUGGGCUGCAGCCCAUACGUGGCACAGGCAGUGCAGUUGGGGCUGUGGUGGUAAAGCAGGAGCCACUUGAAGAGGACAGUCCCUCUUCCUCAGUGGCAGGGCUGGACAAGGCCCAGCGCUCUGUUAUCAAGCCCAUCAGCAUCGCUGGGGGCUUCUACGGGGAAGAGCCCCUACAUACCCCCAUUGUGGUGACCUCCACGCCUGCCAUCACUCCAGGCACCUCAAACCUCGUCUUCACUUACCCCAACGUCCUGGAACAGGAGUCGCCUGCGUCGCCCUCAGAGUCCUGCUCCAAGGCUCACCGCAGAAGCAGUAGCAGUGGGGACCAGUCGUCAGACUCCUUGAACUCCCCCACACUGCUGGCCCUGUAACCCUGUGCUCCCCUGGCCAACUCCAGCAAAGUCAUCGCCAUUGCCUCUUUCCCAGGGACCAGUACCUUCCAGCACGCCAGGGUCAUGAGGGCAAAAUGAGCACUUGGCUCUGGGAGACCAAUAGGACUUGGUGAGGCACUGGAGGACUUGAGUUGAUCUCUUGGAAGCUGAGGACCUCCUCUUUUGUUCAUCUUGCAAGUAAACCCUCCUUCUUGAGAAGCCGUGGAGAACUUGGUUUGGUAAACUCAGACACGUGUCUAGCUUUUGAAGAGCCUGGAGCUGGCCCAGAUGGUUCCUGUGCCCUGUCACCUGUUGUCUCUGGAGUGAUGGCGUCCUUCCCUGCCCCACCAAGCAUGCUCAGUGCCUUUUGGUUUCACCUUCCUUCAACUUACCCCUCCCUCCCCCAGUAUCAGUUUCACUCCUUCUGGGUUUUUAUCAAAUUUGCCAUGACAUUUCAUCUGGGUGGUCUGGAUAUUAAAGCUCUUGAUUUCUGGAGCUGGGGCAGCAUAUGUACUCGUCCACUGGGGCCAGUUUGUCCAGAAGGGGCAGUCAAAGUGCAAUAUAGAAUCUCCCCAACACUCCCCAGUGCACUGCCAUCACCAGACCACCAGCAGACUCCCUGAGUUCUCCAGGGGAUGCUGCCAUCACUGGGAGGCACCAAGGACCCAUCCUCCCCAGCCUCGGAGAUGCUGAGUUCUUGGAGGAUCAGCUUGGCCAGAAGACAGGGUGUGUGACAGCCUGGGCACAGGUUGGGUUUGCCAAACGCCUAAUUACCAGGCCAGGAUUAGUGCCAACAAAGCCACAUGGGUGUCCUAGUGAGCUUCUCUUUACCUCGUGUCUUGAGCAGGGCGUCUCCUAUAAUUACUGCCUCACCAUUCUGCCCCUGGACCCUUCUCUCUAAACCAGAGAGGCGUCCCUCCCUAGGAACCACACAUCACUCCAAAGCCCUACUGGGCUCCGCCUUUCCCUGGCCCUCAGAGUGACGCCACCCACAGAGUUUUAAUGAGCUUUAGCUUGGACCCUCCCCAGAUCUUAGCCAAUUGGCUCCUCCUCAAGCCUCAGGUGGAAGGCUGGGGAGGUGGGGGCUAUGAUGGAGGGUGAUAUUGGCUGCCACCUCUGCAGCAGCAGUUCUGGUGCCCCGCCCCCAGCUGCCUCUCAGGCAGCCACCCCCCCCCCCCAACCUGAUGGGUUGCAUGCUUUCCCUUUCACACACCCUCUGCCAUACUCCAGAGUGUGCUUCUGGCCCAGCCAGCCAGCUGGGAGUAGUUGGCCUCAGCUCUUGCUGGGAUUGGGGUGUCUUCACCAUUUCUGUAUGUUAGCUGACUCUUUCCAGCUGCUGAAAUUGGAGAUAGGGUGUGUUUCUUCCCACUGUGACGAGCUGCCCUUCUCAUGGUCCCCUGGCCUCCAAUAAGAGCACAGAUUUGUGAGCCCUGCCUUGGAGCCCAGCCUAUUCUCCUCACGGCAUGCUGACACAUAUACAAGGAAGCAGACUCUGGUCAGAACCAGCCUCUGGGGUUAGUGCUCUGAGAGAGGCUUCCAGUUAGUGAUUCAGCUCUAGAGAUCAUUGUCCACUUGUUUAAAACCAUACUGAUGUUAUUUGAAUCAAGCCCAAUCGUGGUUAAAUUUCAAAGUCUGACUUGAAAUAAAAGGGACAGCUUCACAGACCUGUUCCUUUCACAGCCUAAGGUCACACAUGCUGGUCAUGAUUUAAUCCCAUUACUCACAUGCAUGCAGUACACACAGAAUGCAAGAGCCAUAUGCCAAACAUGCUGGUCAUGAUUUAAUCCCAUUACUCACAUGCAUGCAGUACACACAGAAUGCAAGAGCCAUAUGCCAAAAAUACACAGCGCGAUGGAACUGGAAGUGACAGGAGGAAGGCUUGGCGGGUAGAGAGGGGAGGCAAAAAGAGAAAGGAUUUUUGUUCAGAAUGUGUUUUCCCAUACUCCUCGGUAUAUUACUGCCAAGUGGGUCUCCCAGGGCCUCUGGGAGAGGAGCUCCUGAGAAGAAUGGGCAGGUGACUUGCUGGUCUCAGAGAUGUCAAAGAAAUAAAAGGCAGCCGGGAGUAGGAGGAGGCGGGCCAAGACCCUGGGUUGUGCUCAGCAGGGAAGUGUUCAUCAUCUCAAGUGAUGUUUAUAGACAAGUGGGAGCUCAUUGUUUUGUUGCGGAUAUAUGUACCUUAAAUGAAGCUGUUUUCUGGUCUUUUAUUUCCAAAAGCCCCUUCCUGCCCUCCUCUGUAUAGCAUGGAUCCCAGCACAGGUCCUGAUCUGUGACUUGGGCCCCCGGGUGGACACUCCUGAUACUGAGUCUGGCUUCAGUUCAGAUUUCAAGCUGUACUGGCCUUAGUGCCAGGAAAGGCCCAGCCAUCUAAUCCCCGGGACCUCAGCGGCCUCAGAGGUGCUUUUCCCUUCCAGUUCUCUUUUGUCCUACGAGGCUGUUUGGCUUCUCCAGAGCCAGAGAUGACUGGGGGUAGGGCUGGGGGAGGCUGAAUAGUCACACCUAAGUUGUGAGUGUAUCCCCACUUUGCUUCCUUCUGGCUCGCUCCCCAAGCUAUCAUACAUGUCAGUCACACAUGCCCCUGCUCCAGCAUCACAGGACCCAGCUUGCUGCUCCCUCCUCCUUGGCUCCAGUUCAGGGAGCAGCUCAGUGAGGACACCUUCGUGCUCAGGCAAGGAGUUGUGUGUCCUCAGCUGCUGUGGACUUGGGUUGGACUGCAGACAGCUCUGGACUGGCGUGGGGCAGGCACUCCUUGAUCAGCUGGCAUAAAGUAGUCUUCGUGGCAGCCUGGCUUUUGGGCACAGCCUUCCCUCCAGCAAACUCGAUGGGAACACCUAUUGCACAGGCAAGGGAGCAGAUCCCAGGUGAGGCUUAGGGGGUUGCCGCAGCCAACUCCAAGCAGAGUCCUGGAGGGGAGCUUAUGACCAGUCAAACUGCUGUUUGUAUAUGAGGCCAGGUGUAUACAUGAUGGCCAGUCACAGGAGCACUUAAAAGCCAACAGCAAGCAGGGCCUGCUGCUUCCUCAGGCUCUGGGAAGAGAGACUCUCCCUCAAGUGGCGGGGGUCUAGGCUGUCUGGAGCACGGGACUUGUAUUUCACUCUUCCCUGAUGAACCGACAGUGUUCCUUGCAAUGCUGCCAUUUACCUUUCAGAGUGAUUUCCUUCCCUGAGCAGGAAUUCACAUGGCCCCUUUUGGGGAGGAAAAGCAAAAUCACCUACUAUGUGCCAGGCACUGUAAGGCACUUUUAUAUUUAUCUUCUUUUAAGAUGAGACUAAGGAUUCAUCUUCCUAUAAAAGACCCCAGAGUAAGAGCAUACUUGGAGAUAAGAAGGCUUUCUUCAAAGACCCCGGGUAGGAUUGCCUUCCUUCUAAUGGUUCUCAAAGACUCACCCCCUGCAGUAUCUGCCCACCCCAGGUUCUCCCCACCUGCUCCCCACUCCACCUCAGACUUCUCUCAGCUGCCUGUGCUCACGUGGCUGAAGAGGCAAUCUGAGUUCUCACAGAAUUGUGGACCAAUAGCUUAUGUGGUGUGUAUAACUUUCUUUUUAAAACUUAAGUCUUGCUGCAUUCUACUUGUUGGGUCAUCUUGGCAUCCAUUUAAAGCCAGCAUCUCACUAUUUAUUGACAUGUGUGUGCUUGUGUGUGUGUGUGUGUGUGUGUGUGUGUGUGUCCUCUGCAGCUUUUUUAGAAGCAUUCGUUCCACUACUAAUUUGGCAUUGUCUUGUGCUUCUUGUGUUUUGGCCAUACAUCACCAAACAGUUUUAAUGUUCCAGUGCUGACAGCAAGUUCAGGAGGGGCUGGGUCAAAUUUUGACGGGGGCAUGGGAAGGGAAGGGGAGAAGAAAUUGACAUUUAUUUUAUUAUUUAUUUUAAAUGUUUACGUCUUCUUUGUGUUGUACCAAGCCUGAAUAGAAACAGCAUUAAAGUACUCGGUUCCUCUCUUUCUUUCUCUCUCUUGCUCCUCCCCCUUUUUUUCCAACUUAGGAUAAUGAAUGAUGCUUUUGUUUGUUUGUUUGUUUCUAAAGUGAUUUGUGACUUGUGCUGUAUAAACUGUAUAAGAAGAAGUUCUGUUUUUAAAGAUGGAUUUGACAUUCCUCUGGGGACAGUGGCUGCCAAGAAAUGUACAUUGUAAAAGAACACAAGGAAAGACCCUGCCCUGUUCCUCACAACUUACUUUCUCUGUAUGAUUAAAAGAUUAUUCCAUUUACUUUACUUUGUGGUUACUCGAUUUUGAGGAAGAGAAUAUUCGACUUUGUAUAAAGACUAGGUAUCAGGGUGUCCUCUGCAGUGGGAGAUGUAUAUAUCGUAUUUUGGCAUAUAGUGGAGACUAAUGAGCUUUGUGCAUCUGUAUUUGAGAUAUGUCCAUGAUGUGGAGUGAAAUCUGCUAUUAGACCCUGGAGGCAAACAAGUUGUACAGGUUCUUAUUGCUCUGUGGGGAAUUUAAUUACCUUUCUGGGCACCUUUUUUUUUUUUUUCCUCCCUGUUUUUGAAAGUGAUGGUGAAAUGGUCCUACCAGAGGAUCUCUUAAAUUGACCUCUCCAGGCAGGACUGUGAGCUCAAAAUCUUUGUAUAGUUUUGAAAAUUGAGGAGUAGCUCUGCUCAGAAGCAUCUCUGGUGGCGUCUGUUGUUGUUUUGUUCUGUUUUACUGUAUGUAACACAAGCCUACAGUAUUUGCACUAAAGAAAGCUUGUUAGAAGAAGCUUGCUGCUAUGGAGGAAACAACAUAUUAAAACUUUUUUUCCCUUGCGGGUUUAUUUUUGUUUUAUGUUUAUUUUUUGUUGUUGUUAGCUUUCCCACUUUCCGUUGAGUAGUGUUUUGUAGAAUAAAAUGAAUUAGAUGGAA